AUGGACCAGUGUGGACAGAGAACGAGCAGCAUGCUGCUGAAGUACCUACACAGUCCACCACCCUGGCUGAGACCUCAAGGCUUCCAAGGAAUUCCAAGUGCUAUAGGGCAGUCUGGGCCUCGUCCAGCUCUUUGCCACCUGGCUCCAACUGGUAAUGCUCCGGCGUCUCGUGGCAUUCCUACUUCCACUCAGAGAGUUGGUGUUCCCGCCGCCGCUGUGCUAAGCCUUGCACCCCGCGCCGCUGCAGUUGCUGCUGCUCCCAGGGCUGUGGCUCCCUACAAAUACGCCUCGGGUGUCUGCAGCCCUCACCCCGCCAUUCAGCCUCUGCAGGCACCACAGCCUGCAGUUCACGUCCAGGGGCAGGAGCCGCUGACUGCCUCGAUGCUGGCUGCAGCACCCCCCCAGGAACAGAAGCAGAUGCUGGGGGAGCAUUUGUUCCCACUCAUCCAAACAAUGCAUUCAAAUCUGGCUGGAAAGAUCACAGGGAUGCUGCUGGAAAUCGACAACUCGGAGCUGCUCCACAUGCUGGAGUCCCCCGAGUCUCUCCGGUCCAAGGUGGAUGAAGCUGUGGCAGUUCUGCAGGCUCAUCAUGCCAAGAAAGAAGCCGCCCAGAAGGUGGGCACUGUUGCUGCUGCUGCUACCUCUUAGACAAGGAAAAAGAGUCAAAAGCCAAAUAACCCCUCCUGGCAUUCAUCUAAGGUCUGAAGACUUCCUAGUUUGUCUGUGGACCUCCACAGCAAGAACUACAAGUUGCAAAUUCAAUAGGUCAUUUUGUAUCAAAAGGUCAAUUAUGAGGCACCUAGAAAUUUU